AUGAGCUGCAGACGGGUGCUGGCUUUAAGCGCUCUACUUAGUUUAGUUUUGGAGACUGGAGAUGGACUGACACUGGAAGAACACAAAACAUACUCCUGCAGGAGCUUCGGCAGUGGGGCGGUGCAGCCGUUCAAUGGGACUCUCUUCCACGUUCGCUCCGACUGCACCUGCACCCUCACCAGCUUCACCCAUAACAGAGUGGACUGUACCAUCACCACCAGGAGGGGGCGCAACGGGCUCCAGGAACAUGUCGAGAUCUUGAUCAACAGAAUCAGGACCGUUUUGCACAAUGGAAGUAUCCAGGUGGAGGAGACGAAAAACGUCCCUUUGCCGUUCGACCACAUGUACCAGCACAUUUUCCCCUUUGGAAUCUACACCAAACUGAGGAGCUCGGUGAUUCCUCUGUCCGUCGUGUGGCACAGUGUCCCCGGAGGAAUCGACACUUUAUGGAUUGAGAUUGAACAAGAGCUGGACACUGACAUGGAAGGACUGUGUGGAACCCACCUCAGAAGCAUCACCAAGGACAACACAAAGGAGUUGAUUUUACAAAGCGUCCGAUCUGAAGAAACAUGCAAAAUAUGGGAUCCAGUUUCUGCUAUUAACAUGGGCUGCAGGCAGUUUUUGUCUUUCACUCUGGAUUGUCUGACGCACAUGACCUCAGAUUAUAUUAAUGUGUGUGAAGAAAACAUGUAUAACUAUGAACAAAACGAGUUCAUCCGCUGCUCCUUCUUCCAAGAGGUGGUCCGACAAUGUAAACAUAUGGGCCAUAUAGGGGACAAGUGGAGACGCAUAACACAGUGUAGGGAGCCUACAUGUCCCGGUGACUUGCUUUAUGUGGAGGAGGGAGCAGCAUUCAUUCCCAGUUGCUUAAAUCCAAAAAUCGACAGCUAUGAACUCACCAGCUCCUGUGUCUGCCCCGCUGGUCUGGUUGUGGAUGAGCAUCAGGAAGGCUCUCGGUGUGUGAGUCCGUCCAGCUGCCACUGUGUGUUUGGACACAUCCUUUAUGAACCUGGAGACACACGCAGCAAUAAAAGAGAGACUUGUGUGUGUGUUGAUGGAGAGUGGAGCUGUACACCUAGUGGACUUCCACCUGUUUGUGUCAUAGAAGGGCUGUUUGUCACUACUUUUGAUGGGAAGAGAUACACAGUGGGCAGUGGAUGUGUUUUCAUGGCCUCACAGGAUUCAGACUGGAAAAUAAUCGUGGAGCAUGCAGACGGAGCAACCUCUACCAGUUCUGUGCAUUUUGAGAUUUUCGAGGAGAGAUACACAUUUGCAGACAACAUGGUAACCUUUGACAACAAGGCGAUCUUUGACCUUCACGAGUCUGAACAUGCGUUGGUUUUCUGGCAGUCUUCGAUGUUCGUUGGAGUCUACACAGCUUUUGGACUUAAACUACAAAUCCAGAUGUCUCCAGAAAUCCAGCUCUACAUCACCCUCCCUUCAAACUACACUGUCUCUGGUCUUUGUGGGAAUAACAACGGAGACACAGGAGACGACUUCAGGACGAGUUAUGGUAUUAUCGAGAACUCACCUCAGGCGUUUGCUCAGUCCUGGAGUGUUGGUCCUUGUAACAAAAUCAACCCACCUCCUCCCUGCAUAAGAACUCAAUAUGAAAUCUUUGCUGGUGAGAAAUGUCCUGUUUUAACUGAUCCACAUGGGAUUUUUGCUGCAUGUCACAGCCAAGUUCCAACUGACUAUUACCUCCAGGCCUGUCUCCUGAGAACAUGCAGCUGCAGCUCUGACCCGCAACAGUGUUUUUGCUCCGCUUUGUCCAGUUAUGUCAAAGAAUGCUCCAGUCUGGGGGUGGAGGUGGGGGACUGGAGGACGGCCACCGACUGCAUGGUGGAGUGUCCAGGUAAUCUUGAGUUUUCCUAUGAUGUUGUGGCGUGUAACAGCACCUGUCGCUGCCUGUCGCUGCCGGACCUGUGCUGUCUGGCGGAGGACGUCCCGGUGGAGGGCUGUGGAUGUCCUGAAGGAACCCACCUGAACAAAGAUCUCACCUGCAGCCCAAAGUCUCAGUGUGAAUGUCACUACAACGGAGGCACCACAGCACCGGGACCUGCUGUCAUCGACGGGAGGCAAUGUUUUUGUGAAGACGGGCAGUUGAAGUGUUCAGAUGACUGUGGAUGCACAAAUGGGAAGGUUUGUGUCCACUGCUCUGAUUUUAAAGUGGACACUCUUCACAAAACCUGUGCCAGUCUCAGCAAACCCACAGUAAGUUCUUCUUCUUGUGAGAGCGGCUGUUACUGUCCGUUUGGUCAGUUUGAGAAUCACCAUGGCGACUGUGUUCCUUUGGACAACUGCACCUGCUCGUACAGCGGAAACGUUUAUAAUGCAAGAGAGACUGUCCAGAGCUCCUGCACAAUGUGUGAGUGCUCUCAUGGCCAGUGGCUCUGCACAGAUGAACCUUGCUCCAGUAAAUGUCAGGUUUUUGGGAAUGGACAUUACCAAACGUUUGACUCCAAAUGGUUUCGCUUUGAUGGACACUGUCAGUACACUUUAGUCCAGGACGAUUGCGGCUCAGGAAAUGGUACAUUCUCUGUCCGAGUGGAAAGUGUUCCCUGUUGUGACGAGGCUCUGACUUGUUCUCGGUCAAUCGUACUGGACGUCAAGGAUGUUUUGAGCCUCUCCCUGAGCGACAUGAAGGUGACAGAGCUUGUCCACAGAGCCCUGGCCCUGCCCACUCCUCUCUACACAGUUCAAACAGUGGGGCUCUACAUCAUCAUAAACGUCCCCAGUAAAGGCAUCACCCUGAUCUGGGACAAACACACCUGGAUCACGAUAGAACUACAGCCGGAAUUGAAGAAACAAGUGUGUGGCCUCUGUGGGAAUUUUGACUCCAAUGAGAUGAACGAUCUUCAAAUAAAAGCCUCAUCAGUGGCGUUGAGUCCGAUUGUGUUUGGGAACAGCUGGAAAAGCCCCUCCCGCGCCUGUUCCGACGUCACCACGGAGAUGUUUCCCUGUGAGCACCACUCGUACUGCGGAAAAUGGGCCCAAAGACGCUGCCGGAUCAUCACAGGAGACACUUUCAAGGACUGUCAUCUCAAAGUGGACCCAGAGCCGUACUACCAGGCCUGUGUCCAAGAGUCAUGUUCUUGUGAGUUUGAAGGGAGGUUCUUGGGUUUCUGUACGGCUGUGGCUGCUUACGCCGAGGCCUGCAGCGACUGGGACGUCUGCGUGGACUGGAGAACUCCGGAUCUGUGCCCGGUCUACUGUGACUUCUACAAUGAGCGGGACCAGUGUGUGUGGCACUAUGAAGCCUGUGGUCAGCUGCUCACCUGUGGCCUCGAUCAAUACUUCACUCAUAAACUGGAAGGUUGUUAUCCCAGAUGCCCUGAAGACGAGCCGUAUUAUGAUGAACACACCGGGAAAUGCACGGAUUUGAAAAACUGCACUUGUUAUUUUAAUGGUACUGUCCUAGAGCCGGGGACGCAGCACUACAACGACCACUACAACUUCACCACCCACUACUCCUACUUCACAUUCUACUACUCCAAGUACUCCAACGACAUCAAGUACUACUACUGCACCAACUUCCACUACUAUGAUACCAACUACUUCAAGUGCAACGAGCACAAUCAUAACUGCAACUACCACAACUUUACCAACCACCACCAUUACUUCAACUACCACGGCACUGCAAGUACUACAACUACUCCAGAUUGGACAACAACUAUUUCAACUAUUCCCCCAACGACAGCAUCACCUUGUAAGUGUGUUGACCUGAAGACCAAGCAGACCUGGCUGUGUGGAGCGAACUGGACAGAGGACUGUAAUCAUGUGACCUGUACAGACGGAUCCCUGCAGCUUACUCCAGUGUCAUGUCCAACACGUCCCCGUCCCACCUGCCCCAGAGGUCAGGGCGUGAGCGUGUCUGACGGAUGCUGCGAAUGGCCGUCAUGUGACUGUGUCUGUGAGCUUUAUGGAGACCCGCACUACAUCUCCUUUGAUGGCGUUACAUUUGACUUCCUUGAUGAGUGCACGUACAUCCUGGUGGAGGAGCAGACGCCUCAGUACAACUUAACCAUCACUGUGGACAACUUCUUCUGCAUCGAGGGCCUGCACGGCUCCUGUGUGAAAGGCAUAAUAGUCAAAUACAAAGGAAACUCCGCUACACUCGCCAUCGAAUCAAGUGAAAUCCAGGCGUCACUGAACAACGUGUCGAUCGAUGCCCCGUUUGAAGAGUUUGGGAUGAGGUUUGAGUCGACGGGAUACGUCAUGACCCUCGUCCUGCCCGAGAUCCGCUCCUUCAUCAGCCUCAGCCCCGGUUUCUCUCUGGUCAUCAGUCUGGCCAUGGAGAAGUUUGACAACAACACACAGGGACAGUGUGGCGUGUGCGGGGGUCCGUCCUGCGUUAGACUCGGGGGGCACGCUGAAGACGACAGCUGCUGCGAGAAAACGGCUCACGAUUGGAUUUAUGACGACCCCCAAAAACCAAAUUGUGUUUCCGGUCCAAAAGAUGUACCAUGUCACGCGACUCCUCCCCCACCACCCAACUGUUCACAUCCACUCUGUGACCUGCUCAGACAGCCGCUCUUUGCACAGUGCGGUGAUCUGAGCCAAAUCUUUGCUAACUGCCGGUUUGACGCUUGCGGCUCAGAUCCUCCGUGUUCUUCUCUGGAGAAAGCUGCAGAUGCCUGUAAAAAAAAAGGCGUGUGCGUGGAGUGGAGAGGAUUCACUAACGGAAGCUGUGCCUUAAACUGCUCAGACGGUUUGGUUUACAAAGAGUGUAGUCCUAAAAUGGAUGACUACUGCUUUGGAAGCAAGAGACAGAAAGGGAGCACUGUGACGGACACUAUUGCCGGAUGUUUUUGUCCAGGCAACAGAACUAGAGCAAGUAUCGACUCCAACGUCUGUCUAGACCACUGUGACUUUUGCCCAGGACCAGUGGGAGAACCUAAACAACGUGGUGAAGUGUGGCGUUCCAACUGUCACAUGUGCUCGUGUGAACCAGACUAUAGUGUCAGAAGCUGCAAGGUGAGAAAGAAAACCACUUAG